AUGUAUGGAAGUGCAAGAACAAUCACCAAUCUGGAAGGUAGCCCUUCCAGAUCUCCUCGUUUGCCAAGGUCUCCUCGUUUGGGCCACAGAAGAACAAGCAGUGGGGGAGGUGGAGGAACAGGCAAGACACUGUCCAUGGAGAAUAUCCAGUCCCUUAAUGCGGCUUAUGCUACGUCUGGACCCAUGUAUCUGAGUGAUCAUGAGGGGGUGGCUUCGACAACUUACCCAAAGGGCACCAUGACUCUGGGAAGGGCCACAAAUAGAGCUGUAUAUGGAGGCCGAGUCACAGCCAUGGGGAGUAGUCCCAAUAUUGCUUCUGCUGGACUUUCCCACACAGAUGUUCUUUCAUACACGGAUCAACAUGGUGGUCUGACUAGCUCGUCUCAUCAUCACCACCACCAGGUCCCCUCCAUGUUGAGGCAGGUAAGGGAUAGCACAAUGUUAGACCUUCAAGCCCAGCUCAAGGAACUUCAGAGAGAGAAUGACCUCCUCCGGAAAGAGCUAGACAUCAAGGACAGCAAGUUGGGAUCUUCCAUGAACAGUAUCAAGACCUUCUGGAGCCCUGAGCUCAAGAAGGAGAGAGUCUUGAGGAAAGAAGAGGCAGCCCGAAUGUCUGUCCUCAAGGAGCAGAUGAGGGUUUCCCAUGAAGAAAAUCAGCACCUGCAGUUGACAAUCCAAGCCCUUCAGGAUGAGCUUCGAACCCAGAGAGACCUCAAUCACCUCCUGCAGCAAGAGAGUGGCAACCGUGGAGCCGAGCACUUCACCAUUGAGCUGACUGAAGAGAACUUCCGGCGGCUCCAAGCUGAGCAUGACAGACAAGCUAAGGAGCUGUUCCUUUUAAGGAAGACCUUGGAGGAAAUGGAGUUGAGAAUUGAAACACAGAAACAGACCCUCAACGCCCGAGACGAGUCUAUUAAAAAGCUUCUCGAGAUGUUGCAAAGUAAAGGUUUGCCUUCUAAAAGUCUUGAGGAUGACAAUGAGCGGACACGGCGGAUGGCAGAGGCUGAGUCUCAAGUCAGCCACUUGGAAGUGAUUUUAGAUCAGAAAGAAAAGGAAAACAUACAUCUUAGAGAGGAAUUGCACCGAAGAAGCCAACUUCAGCCGGAGCCAGCCAAGACGAAGGCUCUCCAGACUGUCAUUGAAAUGAAGGACACAAAAAUUGCUUCAUUAGAGCGAAACAUAAGGGAUCUGGAGGAUGAGAUCCAGAUGCUAAAAGCCAAUGGUGUGCUGAACACUGAGGACCGUGAAGAAGAGAUCAAACAAAUAGAGGUUUACAAAAGUCACUCCAAGUUCAUGAAAACCAAGAUUGAUCAGCUGAAGCAGGAGCUUUCAAAGAAGGAGUCAGAACUUCUUGCCUUACAAACAAAGCUUGAAACUCUUAGCAAUCAAAAUUCAGAUUGCAAGCAACACAUUGAAGUGCUUAAAGAGUCGCUUACUGCCAAAGAACAGAGGGCUGCCAUCCUUCAGACUGAGGUAGAUGCACUGAGAUUACGCCUGGAAGAGAAAGAGUCUUUUCUCAAUAAAAAAACAAAACAGCUGCAGGACCUCACAGAAGAGAAAGGGACACUGGCUGGAGAGAUUCGAGACAUGAAAGAUAUGUUAGAAGUGAAGGAAAGAAAAAUCAAUGUUCUUCAGAAGAAGAUUGAAAACUUGCAAGAACAGCUUAGGGAUAAAGACAAGCAACUAACCAAUCUGAAAGACAGAGUAAAGUCCUUGCAGACAGAUUCUAGUAACACGGAUACUGCGCUAGCAACACUAGAAGAGGCUUUGUCAGAAAAGGAGAGAAUAAUUGAGCGUUUGAAAGAACAGCGGGAGAGAGAUGAUCGAGAAAGAUUGGAAGAAAUAGAAUCUUUCCGAAAAGAGAACAAAGACCUGAAAGAGAAGGUCAAUGCUUUACAAGCUGAACUGACUGAAAAAGAGUCUAGUUUAAUUGACCUCAAGGAACAUGCAUCUUCAUUAGCUUCAGCAGGACUGAAAAGAGACUCCAAAUUAAAAUCUCUGGAAAUAGCCAUUGAACAAAAGAAAGAAGAAUGUAGCAAAUUGGAAGCACAGUUAAAAAAGGCUCAUAAUAUUGAAGAUGACUCCAGGAUGAACCCUGAGUUUGCAGACCGGAUAAAACAACUUGAUAAAGAGGCAUCUUACUACCGUGAUGAGUGUGGCAAGGCCCAAGCGGAAGUCGACCGGUUGCUGGAGAUCCUCAAGGAGGUGGAGAAUGAAAAGAAUGACAAGGACAAGAAGAUUGCAGAACUUGAGAGGCACAUGAAGGAUCAGAAUAAAAAGGUGGCCAACCUCAAGCACAACCAACAGUUGGAAAAGAAGAAGAAUGCCCAGUUACUGGAAGAAGUCCGCAGGCGAGAAGAUAGCAUGGCUGAUAACUCACAGCACUUGCAGAUAGAGGAACUGAUGAAUGCAUUGGAGAAGACCAGACAGGAACUAGAUGCCACCAAGGCACGCCUGGCCUCCACACAGCAGUCCCUGGCUGAAAAAGAAGCCCAUUUGGCUAACCUCCGAAUAGAAAGGAGAAAACAACUGGAGGAGAUCCUGGAGAUGAAACAAGAAGCACUGCUUGCAGCAAUCAGUGAAAAAGAUGCAAAUAUUGCCUUGCUGGAAUUGUCUGCUUCCAAAAAGAAAAAGACACAGGAAGAAGUCAUGGCUCUCAAGCGGGAAAAAGAUCGACUCGUGCAUCAGUUAAAGCAGCAGACCCAGAACAGAAUGAAGCUGAUGGCAGACAACUAUGAUGAGGACCACCACCAUUACCACCACCAUCACCACCACCACCACCACCGAUCUCCUGGGAGGCCACAACAUUCCAAUCACAGGCCCUCUCCCGACCAGGAUGACGAGGAGGGCAUAUGGGCAUAGCCGGGCCUGUAAACCAAAGUUCCAGUUUUGUUUUGAGGGGUGAGAAACCAUCUUUUAUAUCAUUUUUCUUUUAAAAAUUGCAUUCUGGUGUUGUAUUGUAUGUGUGUUCAAUUGUGUUCGCUGAUGUUUGUGACCGUGCCCUGCUUCUGUGUUCUGUGACCACCCCCAAGAGACCCCUCCUUCUACUACCCCUCCCCACAACCACAUUAUUGCUCUGGCGUGUUGGGGCCGGGUUGAGCACGAUUCAAAUGUUUCUGUGUUAUUUAAGACAUAAACUAUGCCCUUGCUAGGAUUUAUACACACUUUUCAAGGCAUGAUUGUGGACUCAGAAAUUGUCACUAUUCUCCAG